CAGAGCAAGGGCUGGAAGCCCUGUCACCAGUACUUCACUGUCAGUGCAUGAGAGCAGCUGCAGACAACAUGAGUGGGUGGUGUGGCUGUCUUCCAGUGAAGCUGGAUGCUGACAUCUGAAUUUCAUAGUAGUUCCACAUGUCGUAUAAUUCUUUAAGCUUUUUCCCCCCAACCAUUUAAAAAUGUAUAAACUCUUUUAAUUAAUUAAUUAAUUAAUUUCUGAGGUGCGGCUUGCAGGGUCUCAUUUCCCCAACCAGGGAUUGGGACUUUAUUUAUUUUUCAUUUUUUUAAGAUUUUUUUGAUGUGGACCAUUUUUUUUUUUAAUAAAUUUAUUUAUUUUAUUUUUUUAUUUUUGGGUCUUCGUUGCUGCGCAUGGGCUUUCUUUAGUUGCAGCAAGCAGGGGCUACUCUUCAUUGCAGUGCGUGGGCUUCUCAUUGUGGUGGCUUCUCUUGUUGUGGAGCACAGGCUCUAGGCGCGUGGGCUUCAGUAGUUGUGGCUCCCAGGCUCUAGAGUGCAGGCUCAGUAGUUGUGGCGCACGGGCUUAGUUACUCUGUGGCAUGUGGGAUCUUCCUGGACCAGGGCUCGAACCCGUGUCCCCUGCCUUAAGAAUUAAGAUUCUUAACCACUGUGCUACCAGGAAAGCCCAAUGUGGACCAUUUUUAAAGUCUUUAUUGAAUUUGUUACAAUAUUGCUUUUGUUUUAUGUUUUGGUUUUUUGGCCGCAAGGCAUGUGGGAUCUUAGCUCCCCGACCAGGGAUCGAACCUGUACCUCCUGCAUUGGAAGACGAAGUCUUAACCACUGGACUGCCAGGGAAGUCUCCCACAAGGGAUUGAACCUGGGCCCAUGGCAGUGAAAGCCUUAACCACUGGACUGCCCACAGAUUCCUAACCACUGGACUGCCAGGGAAUUCUCUGUAUAAACUAUUUUUAGCUCACAGGUUUUUUUUAAAGGGUGGGGUGGAUUUGGCCUGUGGGCUGUAGUUUGCUAACCUCUGGUCUACCUCAUAUGGUUGUGAGGAUUUAUGUCGCUUCACAUAUAACAUCCUUAGGACAUGUCUGACUAAUGGUGUUUGUUAUUGGCUGUUCCUUUCUUUCAAGGGGCUGGGUUUCAACAGGUAUUUGGUGACUCUGGUUGUAUGGUCUUUUUCCCUCCGUCUAUGGAUGUUGUUUUUCUGUUUAUCUCCAUUUGUUAUGGGAGGGGGUGGAGUGUCAGGUUGUGCUAUCAGAACACUUCCUGGACAAAGUGGCACUGGUCUUCUUCCCGCAUCUAAGUGUCCACGAUAACCCACCUUUGUAGCCUUGGUGGUCUCUCCUUGUGGGGUUGUGGUGUGGGUGGUGUGUGGUCUGCUGGUCUCAAGGUAGUAAGUUCUAGCCUGACAGAGAGAAGGCAGCUCUUUUGAUAAGGAUACUAGGGAAGGGAUGGCGCCAGUGAGUAUAAAAGUACAUGCUUAUAAUAGGUAAGAUAGGGGCCAAGCUAACUGAAAUUUAAAUAUUAGAAAGAAGUAUGGUUAUGUCCCUGGUCAUUCUUAAGGUGUUUCACGGGCUUGAGCCUUUGAUUCCAUCUCUCCAUGGGUCCUGGUUUCUCAGACUCCAGAGAAACUGGAAACCAGCUCUGGGGUCUCUAGACCUUGCCUCAGAUGUUUUGAUGCACAGAAUACAGACAUGCACACUCACACCUAAAUGUAGGCACGGACACACUGAAAUGUGACCUUAUUUGGUACCCCAAAGAACACAUAGCCAAUAAGUAUAUGAAAAGAUGCUUAUCUUCACUGAUAAUCAAGGAAGUGCAAAUUAAGACAACGUUGAAAUGUCUUUGCCUAUCAGAUUGACAAAGAUUUAAAAGACUGAUAAUGUAUACAGUUGGUGAGGGCUACAGGCAUUCUUACACAUCUGGUAGGAGUAGAAGUUGGUGCAUUUUGGGGGGGCCACUUGGCAAUAUCUAUCAGUAUUUUACAACAGUCAACCUUAGACACAACAGUUCCACACCUAACCUAUUUUUUUUUUAAUAAAUUUAUUUAUUUAUUUUUGGCUGCAUUGGGUCUUCGUUGCAGCACGCCGGCUUUCUCUAGUUGCGGUGAGUGGGGGCUACUCCUUGUUACGGUGCACAGGCUUCUCAUUGCAGUGGCUUCUCUUGUUGCGGAGCAUGGGCUCUAGGCGCCCAGGCUCAGUAGUUGUGGCUCGUGGACUCUAGAGCGCAGGCUCAGUAGUUGUGGCGCAUGGGCUUAGUUGCUCUGUGGCAUGUGGGAUCCUCCCAGACCACAGCUCGAACCCGUGUCCCCUGCAUUGGCAGGCGGAUUCUUAACCAGUGCACCACCAGGGAAGCUCCUACCUUCAUUUAAAAUAGCAUGUAGCAUAUAUACACCUGAAACUAAUAUGAUAACGUCAGUUAUAUAUAUGACAAUUAAAUUGAAAUAGCGUAUGUAGGCAACAAUCCAAAUGUCCAUCAACAGGAUUAUUAAACCAUGGCCUGUACCACCAGUAAAGGCGUGAGAUAGGUUUUUAUGUACUUCCCUAGAAAGAUUUUGAAAAGAGCCAGAGCAGCGAGGAGGCCGCAAAGCUCAGAGUGAGGAACGAGGCCAUUAAAUGUGCAUUUGUUGGAGCUUCGACGUGGUCUGGAGGGACUUGUGCCUAACUUCUUACAGGGGCUUUCUCUCUGAGGUCAAAGGGGACUCCCAUUUUUUAUUUCCUUCCUGAACUGAGACUGCAGUACUUCUAUGUUUAACACCCCCGCCACCCACCCCAGCGCUCCCGGAUCGCCUGAGCGGCGCCUCCCAGGAAGCCUAGGAAAGGAGACCUGCUCUGUGCCUGGUCAGGGUUCUCACUUCCCGGCGCUAAUUUAGUACAUCUCACUGGUGUUUCCUGAGAGGAACGCGGCAGACACUCAUCCGCCAAUCAAUGGACGGGUCACCAAAGUCCACGUUCAGCAACUUUUCUGUUCCUGAGGACUGAGAGGUAGGAUUUAUGACUGGGGUGAUGGUCGCCUGUCACCCCCACUUGGGACAGCUGCUCGGCUCUGCACUUGUGGUUUCAGAUGUGGGCGGCCUAUGUCAGCCUGCCGUGAGAGGCUCACGUCACCGGGCCGUGCAGUUAUCUCCUGAAUCAGGCUGAGGGACUUGCUGCAAACGCAGGGGUGGUAGGGCGACAAGUCACCUCCAGGGCUGCAGGGUUGGGGGCCAGUCAGACUUGCCAUGGGACCUAGCAGAUGCGUCUGGGAAGGUGAGUCUGUAAUCUGGGCUUCUCAACCACUCAGGUGAGCGUGAACUUGGCAGGACAGAGAGACUGGUGGCCCGCCAUCGUGGGCCCCAGGAAGAGCCUGGGGACCACACUUGGACAGGAAGGGCAGAGGGCGUUUGGGCGGCCACCCUCAUUUUACCGCCUUUGGUGUCCUGGCCUCGGGCAUCUCCCAGAGACAGCAGGAUUGCAGUGCUGAUGACAGGAUGCUGGGCUGCGAUUUCCAGGCCUGUAGGGGUCACGGGUGCCUCUGGGCAGAAAGAAGGGCGCUGAGCUUGUCAGGCAGUUUGUAGUUCCUGACCUUUGUGGGGACGAGUGAGCGGGCGUUCUGGGGCCAGGUGGUCUCAGCCGUGACGACCACAAGUGGAGCUGAGGUCCAGUCCUGAGGUUGGUAAGGCCCCUUCUCUCCCCGGCACCUUUGGGGAGCUUUAGGGCAGAAGAGGAGCUGGGAGUCUGUGGACCCCCCUUGGAGCUGUGUGGACGGGGCAGUGGGUGAGGGUGGGAUUCCAGGAGGGUUACUCAGCUAAGCAGAGGGAGGGGAGUAGAGGGUUCUGCUCGAAUAAUGUUUCAGAGCCCCCCAAGGGACCCAAGGCAUUAACACCGCCUACCCCAGGCAAGGGCGGGCCUGUGGGGAGGUUCAGGAUGUGUUUCUUCAACAGUGAGGGGCUGGGUGCAGGGGACGCAGCAUAAAUCAGACAGGUUCUUGCCCUGGAGGAGCCAGAUGCAGGGGCGGUGCCGGCUGAGCCUCGCUGCCAGGGCUGCAGGGGCAGCACGGGAAGAGCAGGGGCAUUGCUUCCCCGCAUUUAGCCCCAGGCCUGUGUCAGUGUCCUUCCAGCCCGUGCCCAUAGCCACUGCCCGCCCCGCCCCCGCCCCUGUCCUGAGCAGGCUGGGCCUGGCUCAGGGGUGUCUGCUCUGGCUGGGGAGACAGCCUGGGGGACUCGGGGGGCUUCAUGAAGGUUCAUCAUGCAGAAGGCAGCUGGGCAGAGGGAACAGUGAGGGCUCGUCCUGAGGUCCCUCAGGUCCUCUCUGCUCCUCCGACUUCCAUCCCCGGACCUCCUCCUCCCUCUGCCCUGGGCCCCACCCUCUGUGCCCCUGUCCACCCGAGGCCGCCCCUGGCUCAAGCCUGGCCUUUCCACGUCUCCCGGACCUCCACCCCACUGAGGCGGGCGCCCGUCCAGCUCAGCCCUCUAGGAAGGCAGGCGGCAAGUGCGCCGUGGAACCUCCUCCCUCUUCUGCCCUCUGCGCCUUCUCCGCGCUCUCCCCAGCUGGCCUUGACCUCUUCUGCUCCCUGCCCUUCCCCAGCAGGGUCGGCACCAGCACCACCAUGGGAAGCAGAGUCCUCCAGCACUUCCGCCCCACAGCGUCAGGUCCCACGGUGCUGGGGUCGCCCACCUGCGCAUGUGGGGCCCAGAGCGGGAGCCGCCUGCUCCCAUUUCCAGCCUCAUUUCCUGGCUAGUCCCCGUCUCCCCCAGGUUCCAGCUGCUUCUGGGGAGCCAGGACCUGGAUUUCUUCCUCCUGCCCCAGCAGAGAGGACAGUGGUGGAUAAGUGUGCAUUUAAGCAGCAGCCUCCAUCCCACCCCCCUCUGUGUCUGCCAGCUUCUGGGGUGGGCAGGGAGAGUAACAGGGUACCCCUCGCUCCCCAUUAAAAAUACAGACUCUGUGUGAAAGGUGACAGAAAGUGGGUGCAGUAAUUGCCAUGAAGCCAGUCCGGAGGGCGUGCUGCGAUGCACCAGCCCCAUGACAGAGGCCUGCUCUGGCCGGGCGGUUCGCCUGGCAGCAGGUGAGCGCUCGGGAGCGGAGGGGCUGAGUCCUUCUGGAGACCUGGCCCUGGGCUGGCAGCGUCUGUGGGCCCCGAGGCAGGGGUCCAGUGCACGGCAGCCCAUGACUUCAUGUUGGGCCGGGAAACCAGGGCAGGCAAGCUGUGGGGACCAGUGGUCAUUUGGGCCAGAACUUGACCCAGAGGCCAGGGAGGAGAUGGGGUCCUGAGAAGGGGCCAGAGUGGUUGUGUGCUGAAGGUCCUGAUGGAAAGGGACAGUGCUGGGUGGACAUGUCAGCUAGGCUCCCAGCAGGGUGGGAGGUGUAGUGGGCAGCUCUGCCCGAGGGCCCAGACUCUGGGUCCCAUCCUCCUGCCGUCACAGCCGUCCCGUGACCUGGUCUUGUCUGAGCUGUGAUUAGGCCUCCCUGGGGCCAUCCCAGUGCCUCUGCCAGGACCAGGGAGUAGUCAGGUGGGGUUUCUGCCCCACCUGGCCCAGCGUCUGUUGCCAAGGAUGGGGGCAGCCCUGCCUCAGUGUUGAGGCUCCCUGAGGAGAGAGACUGAUGCCCCGGGGAGGGGGAAGCUCACAGGCUUGUGUGGGAGCUGGUGGGGCAAGUGCCCAGGCCAGGUGACCAGUGCCCCCGAUCCUGCAAGUCUGGUGUCUCUGGGCCUCAGCCUCCUCGUCCAUAGGAGGGUGAUGGCCCUGCCCCGCUCACUAUGUUUGGACAGAAUCGUGCAGAUGAAAAGCAGGGACCCUCCCUCUAGAUGGCCGAGUUGCCGUGUGCCCUGCCCACCUCUCCCCAGGGUGGGCCUGGCCUGCUACUUCUCACGAGUGUCCCGUGUGGGUCCUGUCCUCCCCACUCCUGCCCCUGGGGCCAGCUGAGCUUGGAGCGCCCCAGUCCACGCUCCUGAGUCAGCCUGUGGCCUUGCCGGCCCAAGUCUCACAAAUGCAGGUGUCCCUCCACCGCUGGGGCAGUGGCCAUCCCCACUGUGGCCUGGGCCAGCUCUCAGCCGGGCAGCGGUGGCUGUGCCUGAGCCGCCCCCAUCCUGGUGCUCCCUCUCAUCCUGUCCUCACGCGCCCUGAGUGGGAGGGUGUCUGCUACCGGGUGAGUGUGUGCGGGCUCCUGGAGUGCCUCCGUGCUGCGGUCUGUGCAUGUCUGCUGUUUUUCUGCUUCCUUAUCACUCAUCAGGCUUGCAUAACCAGGCUGGUCCUGCUUCCUGCAGAGGAGCUAUCAGUGUACCAUCUGGAGCUGCAAAUGGGGUGACAGGGUGUUAGCGGCCUGUUCAGCCCCAGGCGCUUCCCAGCACCCAGCCGCUGUCUCCAGUGAUCCUGGGGCUGACACCCCUGCAUUGAGAGCCCUGCUCCCGGGGGUGCUCUCCUCUGCAGGGCACCUGGGGACAGGCGUGUGACAGACAGCGUGUGGGAGGUGUUGGCUGUCGCGUGGACACCCUGCUGCCAUCCUCCUCCACUUUCCUGGGGCAAAGCACCAGGAUGGGAGCAGCUAGCUGUGUGACCCUGGGGUCAGCUCCCUUGUCAGUGAUCAGGGACCGUCCCCCACCUCGUGGCUCUGGCGGGAAUUCGCAUGGGUGAUGCGCCUCACACAGUCGGCCCAGGUGUGAGACCAGGGGGUCCAGCAGAGCUUCCCUGUGGUCGUUGUCCGCGACCCCAUUCCCCCAACCGUGCCUCCCCUGCGGGAGGGCACCUGGGCCCAGGGAUGGGGGGCCGGGCCCAGAGAGGCGCCCGCUGGGCAGACCUGGACACGUGGCUGAGUCAGAGUCCAGUGACCCCGGGAGGCCUGAGCUGGAGGUUCUUGCCGGUGCUGCUUGGACAGCGGUGCUCAGCCUCCUUCGCGGGACAGGGUGAGGGUGUAGGUGGUGGCCCACUCGGAGUGCCCCUCACGGGAGCACCCCUGGGGCACUCCGCCCACAGCCCCUCAGCCCAGCCCCUUCCAGGUUGGACCUUGCAGAGCAAGGUCCUGAUGCGAGAGGUGGGCACCUGGCUCCUGACCUGCACCUGCAUCUGCGCCUGGGUCGGCUUGGGCGUCUCUGUCCCAGGGGAUGGAGGAGGGCCUGGGACUUUCACGUGCCACAACAACAACAUCCUCAGGAUUGACUGCCACUGGUCUGCCCCGGAGCUGGACCAGGGGGCCGGCCCCUGGCUGCUCUUCACCAGCAACCACGCUCCAGGCAGCAAGCACAGGUGUGUCUUCCUGGCCAGCGUGUGCACCGUGGAGCUGCCACCCGAGGAGGUGCUCGUGCCUUCUGACAACUUCACCAUCACCUUCCACCGUCACGUCUCUGGGAAGGAGCAGGUCAGCCUGGUGGAUCCACAGUACCUGCCUCGGAGACAUGUGAAGCUGGACCCUCCCUCUGACUUGCUGAGCAACAUCAGCUCUGAGCACUGUGUCCUGACCUGGAGCAUCAGUCCUGCCUUGGAGCCGCUGGCCUCACUCCUCAGCUAUGAGCUGGCCUUCAAGAGGCAGGAGGAGACCUGGGAGCGGGCUUGGCACAAGGAUCACAUCGUUGGGGUGACCUGGCUCAAACUUGAAGCCACUGAAUUGGACCCUGGUUCCACCUAUGAGGCCCGGCUGCGUGUCCAGAUGGCCACACUGGAGGAUGCGGUGGCGGAGGAGGAGCGCUACGAGGGCCCGUGGAGUGACUGGAGCCAGCCCGCCUGCUUCCACUCCCCCCAGAGACAAGGUCGCCUGGUCCCAGCUUUGGGGCAGCCCGACAGCACCCUGGUUGCUGUGUCCAUCUUUCUCCUGCUGACCAGCCUGACCUACCUGCUGUUCAAGCUAUCACCCAGGAUGAAGACAGCCUUGUACCAGGACGUGCCAUCCCCAGGCCCGUUCUUCCAGUCCCUGUACAGUGUGCACAACGGGGACUUCCAGACCUGGAUAGGGGCCCACAGAGCUGGUCCACAGCCAAGCCCGGACUGCAUGGGCCCCGCACAAGGAGCCUGGGAGACCCAUGUCCAGGAGGCCAUCGCUUUGCUCACCUAUGACCCGGUGGACGUGGGGCCAUUAGCGGGCCUGGAGGAGGAGGGGAGCACUGGCACCGGCCUCCCAGCAGAUGCGCUGCCCGCAGGAUGUGUGGAGUGGGGGGGGCCGCCGCCUGCCUACCUGCCACAGGAGGCCUGGGCCCCCGCAGGCCUUGCCAGGCUGGCUCCCCCGCAGUCCCAGGGCAGCAGCAGCGACUACUGUGCCCUGGGCUGCUCCAGGUGGGGCUGCCCCUCCACCUUCACAGGAAACGCGCAGAGCUCUGAGCCCGACCCUGCCUUGGCCUGUGGCCUUUUCUGUGACCAGCAGAGCCUGGAUGCCCGGCCAGGAGGUAACUGUGCAGGUGUUGGUCACAGUCAGAGGCAGGACGCUGGUGGAUGGGCCGCAUGAGGCCCUCCUGCUCUCGGCAGACGGUGGGCUCCGUCCCCACGGUGCUGCAGCACGUCCAUCCUGGGGAACAUGGACCAAAGUCCCCGGAGCCAGCGCUUGACUGGCACUGGACCUGCGGAGGGCCACCCAUGCAGCCGUCAGAUGUCCGGUCCGGAUGGAGGCAGGAGGCUCUCCCCUCCUCCCCUCCCUCUGCAUCUGUUGGGAGGGGGCUCUGCCCUCAGCAUCCUGCCAUCCUGGCCUCCCGUCCACCACUUCCCUCCCCACUUCCUGGCUUAACCCCAGGGCCCACAGCCAGUUCUGCCCUCCGUCCCUUCAAGGGCCAGCCUGGGCCCCGUGGACACAGGUGAGACAGGCCUAGUGUCCUGUUUCUGUGCCUUCCUGAGGUCUCUCCCCUACUGAGAUUAAAAGGGACACAGCAGCUGUUUCAAACUGCUGAUGGCUGGGAGAGGGGCCCAGAGGACAUAGGAAGGGUGGCGUCUGGCUACUCCUGGGCUUUCUGGGCUCCAGGAAUAGCAGGGGGAGGCUCAGUGACCAGCUCCAGGGAGGCCGCCUCCCCGCCCCUCCUUGUCCUCGUCCUCCCAUGGCCCCCCGGGGCUGAGAGCUGUGGCCAGAGCCCCCAAGGGUCAGGGCCAGAGUGACCACCCAGCAGUGGUCUUGGUCUCUGAAGGGCCCUGCCUCUACCCCCACCCCCGUGGUCUGGAGAGAGGAGGACAGAGCAGAGGGCGCCUAUGUCUGUCCCUUAGGGCUGCUGUAACGAAGUCCCACAAACUAGGUGGCUUAGAACAACAGAGAUUUAUUGUCUCACAGUUCUGGAGGCUGGAAGUCUGACAUCUAGGUGUUGGCAGGGCCGUGAGGGCACGAGGGAGGAUCUGAUUCAGGGUUCCCUGCACCUCUGGUAGUUUCUGGCUUGGAACAGCGCAGCUCCAGUCCUCACAAGGUGUUUUCCCUCUGUGUGUGCCUGUCCAAAUCCCCUCUUUUUAUACCAACGUAAUCAUAGUGGAUUAGGGCCAACCUGAAUGACUGACUUUAUUUUGGCUGGAUUAUCUGCAAAGACCCUAUUUCCACAUACGGUCAUGUUCAUAUGUACUGGGGGUUAGGACUUCAACAUAUGAAUUUCUGGGCAGUGCCCAUGCCAGCCAUGCCCACCUCCCUGCUGGCCUGAGCCGCCGUGGUCCCUCCCGGGGCAGCCCUGUCACUCUUACUGGGGGCCUCGAGCAGGAGACCCUAUCCCGCCGCCGGGCUGCGGGACUUGGGUCUGGUGCUGGGAUCCUCCGCCCAGUGAGGGCUGGGCCAAGACGGUCCUGGGGUUGGAGGUGCUGAAGUACUGAAUGUGGGAUAGAUGGAGGUCUGUCCCCCUGGGUGCUGAGCCAGAGGGGGCACCUCUCAGGGGGCUCCAGGGUCCCCUGCAGCCUGAGCAGAGAGGAGCACAUGCAGCCCCAGGCCCCCGAAGGCAAAGGUCCCUCUGGUUCAGACAGGCCUCCCCCUCCCCUCUGUGUGCCUGUGGAGCCCUGAGGUUUUGCGGGGGCCGCAGCGGAACCGGAUCCUGGUCAGCAGGGACGAAGAGGACCCCGCAUGUAUCUUUAGUAUCCAGAGAGCAGAGGGGUGUAGACGGAAAUGAGGCGCAGGCACCAUCCGCUCUAACCAAGGGUAAAAAUACCAGCAUGACUCCACUUCCUGGAGCCAACCCUGGGGAACCCCCAGCUGCUGUGUAUAUGACAGCAGCUGCAUGGCUCCUGUGGCUUCACGUGGACUCGGGCCCCCAUGGGAUCCCACACCUGGGCACGGUGUUUGUUUGACUAACACACUCGGUCCUGGUGGCGCCUGAGUGAGGAGCCACUCAGAGGCCGGUGGUUGUAGGUGAGCCACGCCCGCCCCUUGGGACACAGGCCUGGCAGUACCUGAGCCAGGUGCCUGCAUGUCGUGGGGCUCAGAAAAGGCUGAUUUCCACUUAUUCCGACGAGACGACCCUUGGAAACCGCACGCUGAGAUCGCAACGUUUGAAAGACCCCGUGAGCCCUGGUGAGGGGUCGCUGAUCCCCAGGCGUCUAGGAAGGAGUCAGAGAAGGUGGCCUGGGACUCGAUGAGGAAGCUGCUGGCGGAGGAGCUGAGUGCACGGUGUGGCUGGAGCACAAAGGUCCAAAAUGUGGCUGGACCGGGGAAGACCUCGGAGGCCCGGCCAGGGCAGGGUGAGGGGAGCAAACUCACCCUGCUCAGGGGAGGCUGCAGGACGCUUUCUCUUUCUUUGGCUUUUGAUGAGGUGAAGUUUACAUAGUACGAAAGUAACCAUUUUAAAGUGUACAAUUCAGUGACAUUUAGUACGUCUGUAAUAUUUGCAACUAUCACCUCUAUCUAGUUCGAAAACAUUUUUACCCUCCAAAGGGAAAUCCCCUGCCCCUUAAGCGGUCACUCUCCUCCCCACGCCCCCUCUGACCUCUCGCCACUACGAGUCCACUUUCUGUCUCUAUGGAUUUACCUACUGUGGAUAUUUCAUAUAAAUGGAGUC